CAGAUUAUUUUUAGAUAUAAAAUGACACGUAAGUCUACCUCUGUGGACGAAACGGAAUUUCUGAUUUUCUGUGGAGUGUGGAAUCUGCCGAGCUGAACUCCGCGAUGAGCUGCCAUGCGCUCUACUUCCUUGUUAGUGAGUCGGUGUGAGAGGGCGAGAAGUUUCAGACCCGCACAAGUAUGUUGGGAUUUAAGUAACGUUUUCGAUGGUAUCUUCCCUUUGGAAAGCUUACCUCGCCGUUUUUACCUCGUCACCGGGAGGACAGCGCUAUCCGAGCCAUGGAGGCGGAUUUAAAGGCGGUUGUGAGGCGGAUCUACUAGAUUAGCACAGCUGCUAACACAAGCUCUUCAUCAGAUGCGUGGAGCUGGAUCACAACUCGAGGCUUUUAUUGACUUCUCCGACGCCUUUUAAGGAUUUUUCCCGAUCUAUGUGCGCUGGGAUGGUUAGAUGCGGUGUAUUCGGUGUGAUCCGGUCGGGAUCGGUCGCUGUGUGAACACACAGACGGUUAUCUGUGCUAGAAGAGGGCUUGAAGAGGCUUUCAAUGUUUGGCUUUGUUCGCCGGGGACUGAAACGCGAGCGAUAAAAGUGCGAUAUUAAAUGCCGAACACGGAGCUCGUGUCCCGCGAGGGCCGGGGGAGAAGCCCGCCGCCGCAGAGUAGCGUUAAUCAGAGGGAGAGACGGAGCAAGAGCCGCCGAGAGAGGCACCGGGAGAAGCGGCGGUCCUCGUCCUCCUCCUCCCGGAGAAAGAAGCACAAACACCGGGAGAAGCAGCAGCAGUUGUGGCCACAGCACGAGGCGCUUUACGACGGGGAUGUUCGGACUUUAGUGGAGUACGACGACGUGAGCUCGCAGUCCGAGCGCUUCUCCGGGAGCCCGUCGCCCAGAACCGACACGCUGUCCGUGGACCGGCUGAGCGGAGCCGAGCUCCGGGACUCACGGAGGAGGGACGGGACCGGCGGGGCGGAGGAGGAGACGACGAGGAACCGGUCCAGCCCCGCGCUCAAGUCCCGCAGCGGCGUGAGGAAUCACGACAGCAACGGAAGAAAGCCUUCGUCCGCGACCCAAGCCGACAAAAAGGAGUCGAAGAGACACAAAAGCAAGUCCAAAUCCGAGAAGGAUCCUCCUUCUGCCUAUAGAGAGCCUCCGCAGGCUUACCGGGACGACCGGGAGGAGCUCCGGUCCUACUGGAGGAGCAGCCCUAGCCUCCGAGCAGCGGAGAGUCCCUACGGGGCGCCCUACUCCUACGGAUACCAGGAGUCUCCUAACACAAACUUCCCGUUCAUCUCCAGGAGGAGCCCCAGGAGGCCGUCACCGAGCUCGACCUACUACGGGCGCGAUUCAGAGCUGCACGGCGCCUAUACCGUGUCGAAGUCUCCGAGCUCGUACUCGAGCAGCAAGAGGAAGCGCUCCCCGUCCAGCCCCCGCUGGCGCCGGUCCCCGAGCUACGGCCGACACAGUCCCUACGAGCAGGGCGAGGUCACCGGCAGCCCGUACCAGCGCCGGCGCUCCCGGAGCCCCAGUCCCGACAACAGGCGGACGGGAAAGUCGCGCAGCAGGAGCCCGUACCAGUCGACGCGCCACUCUCGCUCGCACAGCCGUCACAGACACUCACGGUCCCAGAGUCGGCCGUCCAGUCUGUCCCCCAGCUCCCUGACCCUGAAGAGCAGCCUGGCCGCCGAGCUCAGCAAGCAGAAGAGAGUCAAGGCCGCCGAAGCCGCCCGCGUCAAAAACUCCAGCAACACCUCCACCCCAACCAAGGGCUCCUCGUCCUCCUCCAGCGCUCCUCAGCCCAGUCCUGUCACCAACCACACCAAGAAGACCAGACCCCCAUCACCGCCUCCGCCGGGGGCCGAGAAGGGCCCCAGAACCCCGGUGUCCAGUCAGCCGCAGUCUCCUGUGGAGCGACCCGUCAAGAGGAGCUCAGACGCCUCUCAGUCCAGCAGAGAAGCCAAGGUGAAGGAGGAGAAGAAGAAGGGAGGACCGACCGUGCAGCUGAAAGACAAGGAGCGAGAGAAAGCAUCUGCUCCAGCUUUAGCCUCUCUUCCUCUGACAGACAACCAUCUGGAUCAUCUGGACGGAAGCGACAGUGUCUUGAAGGAGUCUUCAGCAACCUCAGGGAAGAAGAAACCCGAAAGGAAAGCCCGUCAGCUCCUUGCAGACCUCCCUCUUCCUCCAGAGCUCCUGGGCAUCGCCCCUGGUUCGCCCCACAGCCCGCCCGAUGACAAAAAGACGCCCAUCCCACGGAAGAGACCCAAAAUAUGUGGCCCACGCUUCGGAGAGAUCAAGGAGACGGAGAUCGAUUGGGGAAAGCGGUGCGUGGACAAGUUUGAGAUCAUUGGGAUCACUGGAGAAGGCACUUAUGGACAGGUGUACAAAGCCAAGGACAAAGACACCGCCGAGUUGGUGGCUCUCAAGAAGGUGCGUUUGGACAACGAGAAGGAGGGCUUUCCCAUCACAGCCAUCAGAGAGAUCAAGAUCCUGCGGCAGCUCAACCACAAGAGCAUCAUCAACAUGAAGGAGAUCGUCACUGACAAGGAGGACGCCUUAGACUUCAAGAACGACAAAGGGGCGUUUUACCUGGUGUUUGAGUACAUGGACCACGAUCUGAUGGGUCUGCUGGAGUCCGGUCUGGUGCACUUCAACGAGAGCCACAUCAAGUCUUUCAUGAGGCAGCUGCUGGAGGGACUGGACUACUGCCACAAGAAGAACUUCCUGCACAGAGACAUCAAGUGCUCCAACAUCCUGCUCAACAACAAGGGUCAGAUCAAGCUGGCAGAUUUCGGAUUGGCUCGUCUGUAUAACUCUGAAGAGAGCCGGCCGUACACUAAUAAAGUGAUCACUCUGUGGUAUCGUCCGCCCGAGCUGCUGCUGGGAGAAGAGCGGUACACGCCAGCCAUCGACAUGUGGAGCUGCGGGUGCAUCCUGGGAGAGCUUUUCACAAAGAAGCCCAUCUUUCAGGCCAACCAGGAGCUGGCUCAGCUGGAGCUCAUCAGCCGUAUCUGUGGCAGCCCGUGUCCCGCUGUGUGGCCCGACGUGAUCAAGCUGCCCUACUUCAACACCAUCAAACCAAAGAAACAGUACCGCCGGAGGUUAAGGGAGGAGUUCGCUUUUAUUCCUCUGAUGGCCCUGGAUCUGUUCGACCACAUGCUUGCGCUGGACCCGAGCAAACGCUGCACUGCAGAACAAGCGCUCAGAAGUGACUUCCUCAAAGACGUGGACCCCACCAAGAUGCCCCCCCCAGAUCUUCCUCUGUGGCAGGACUGUCAUGAGCUGUGGAGUAAGAAGCGGCGGCGGCAGAAGCAGAUGCCGGAGGAGCUGAGCGCCCCUAAAGCCCCUCGGAAGGAGCUGGGUCUGGACGACAGCCGCAGUAACACACCGCAGGGUUUCCCCUCCGCCGGAGCACACAAGGGUCCGAGUGCUGCUGCCGCUGCGGCCCUGCUGGACCCCAAAGCCCCCUCCUCACAGCUGACCCCCGAGCAGCUGGCUGUGCUUCUGAACCUCCUGCAGUCCAAGAGCGGCCCGGGGGGGUCCACGAUGAACCCGGAGACGCUUCAGCAGCUGACGCAGGCCUUGCCCCCCGCACCGCUGGAGUCUGAGAGACCCCCGGAGCCGCCUCCGCUCCCCAAAGUGUCCAAACCCCCCCAGCCGCCCCGCACCCCACCCAUGCCCAAGCCGCCUUCGCCCCCCGCCCCGCAGCAGUCGGUCCAGAGCGACGGAGAGGCCUCGGUCACACAGACCGCCGUCACCAUGCUCCUCGCUCAGCUCCUCAAGGGAGAGGUCAUGGGGUUCGAGGGGGGCGAGGGGGGCGAGGGGGGCGUCUCAAACCCUGCAGCUCCACCUGAGCCCAGCCCUGUGUCUCCAGUGUGUGAAGUCAGCGGCUCAUCCUCCAGACCUCUAGAGUCUCUCUCCAUCCUCCCGCCGGACCAGAGACCCCCAGAACCUCCAGAGCCGCCCCCCUGCGCAGACCUGGACUACCGACAGGCCCCCGAGCCCCAGCCGGAGCGAGCCCCAGGAGACGCUCCCAGACCUCCGGAGGGACCCGGCUACGGGACGGACUUCAGCCGGCCGCCGCCUCCGUUCGGAUACGCAGACAGCUACCUCGGGCACAUGAUGGGGGGCCACCCGCCUCUGGCCCACAGCAGCAUGGUGUUCAGCGGAGACCAGGACCAUCGCUUCGAGUACAAUCCCAGCGGGCCGCCGCCUCCUGUUCCCGCUCCGCCGCAGGCCUGGACUUCCCCCUCACAGUCGCUCCCGCUCGGGUACGUUCCCCAUGUGAACACGGCAGCGCUGCGGGGCAGAGGACUCCCUUUCUGACGUCUCCCCGAACCAGCACCAAGCAGAACUGGAGGAACAGCUCGCGGGGACACAUCUUUUGCGUUUCCAGAGCUGUUUCCGGUUCCCCUGCGAUUGAGUUUUGUAAUCGGUUCUACUGCUGUCUUUUAAAUUAAAACUGUACCUUUGCGUGUGCACUUGCCGUGCAUGGGGAAGUGUUUUUAUGAGCGUCUCGGACUAGUGUUAUAAUGAUGUUUUGCACUACUGAAUAAAGUAGGUGGAAACUAGUGAAGGUGUGACGGAGGAAUGUGCUGUAUCUGCACACAUGACCAGUAACGGAAGUCCUUUCCUUUUUUUCGUUCCCUUUUUUUUUUUGGUCAGUCAUUUUUUUUCUUCUAAUGAUUCAUUAAUGAUGGUCUCUGUCACAAGGCUAGCACUUCUGAGCUGAGCGAGUGAACGAUCAAAGCCGUUUCUCUCGCCAGCUCUCGUCUACAGACAUUGAUUCAUUAAAAGAGACUGAUUUCGAGGAGAUGAGCAACAAUGUCUUUUGUAUGAAGAUGUUUUUUUUUCCCCUUUGGCAAAUGUUUAUUAAAGAAAUGCCAACCAUUUAAUAUGUACUGGUAUUUUUAAUUCUUUGUAUAUUUUUGCAUAUCAUGUGUGUGUUUGUGUAUAUAUCUAUAAUCAGAUGUGCUCACACUGCCGAAGUGUACAUGUGUUAAAUACAUCAGCAGUGAAGUAAACAACAACAACAACAAAACAUGUAUUAGAAAACUAAACUCACAGUAUUCUUCCAUGAACUAUUUUCUCAUUCAUGUUAGUAAAAUGAGUUUGAACACAA